GGGUGAACCGUUUUUUCUCCCCAUCACCUACUUAAGACUUCCUGACUGCAACCUCUCUUCCCCCUUUGGGACUUUUGCACCGGGAGAUCCAGAUCCUCAACCCCGCAGUGCUGCGGAGCCGUCAAGCAGUGGCACCCCGGGCACUGCAGAGGCGCAACCCAUCCUUGCUUCCAAAGCCUAUCUAGCCCGAACUACUGCAGCUGAUUCCCCCCCCCGUCCCCCACCCCCACUCGCUCUGCUCUUCCCAUGCAAAGCAGACCUCGGCUGCCUCCGCGUCCCACCCUUCUGCAGAAGGCUUGCAGUCCGGCUACCCCAAGACCUUGCAGCAAGGUGCCUCGGAUCCUGAUCACCGUCAGCCGAGGUGGGUACACUCCCCCGACCUCAGCCAGUGUCCCGGGGACCAGAGCGGCCGUUGCAACAACCUCCAGUCUGUGGCAAGGUCUGGUUUGAAUGACCACUGACAGCCGGUGAAAAAAAAAAAAAACAUGACGACCCUGGAUUCCAACAACAAUACAGGUGGCGUCAUCACCUACAUUGGCUCCAGUGGUUCCUCCCCAAGUGGCACUAGCCCGGAGUCCCUGUACAGCGACAGUUCCAAUGGCAGCUUCCAGUCCCUGACUCCAGGCUGCCCCACCUACUUCCCGCCGUCCCCCACUGGAUCCCUCACCCAGGACCCUGCUCGCUCCUUUGGGAGCAUGCCACCCAGCGUGACUGAGGAUGGCCCCCCUGCCUCUUCAACUUCCUCCUCCUUCUACAAUGGGAACGCCCCUGGGGGUCUACAAGUGGCUCUGGAAGACAGCAGCCGAGUGUCCCCCAGCAAGAACACCAGUAGCAUCACUAAGCUGAAUGGCAUGGUGCUGCUGUGCAAAGUGUGUGGGGACGUGGCCUCGGGCUUCCACUAUGGUGUGCAUGCCUGUGAGGGCUGCAAGGGCUUCUUCCGCAGGAGCAUCCAGCAGAACAUCCAGUACAAGAAGUGUCUGAAGAAUGAGAACUGCUCCAUCGUCCGCAUUAACCGCAACCGCUGCCAGCAGUGCCGCUUCAAGAAGUGUCUCUCCGUGGGCAUGUCUCGCGAUGCUGUGCGUUUCGGGCGCAUCCCCAAGCGUGAGAAGCAGCGGAUGCUGGCGGAAAUGCAGAGCGCUAUGAACCUGGCCAACAAUCAGCGGAGCGGCCAAUGCCCGCCGGCCAGCUCGCCCACCCCACCUCCUGGCCCCCUGGGCCCCACGCCUGCCCCCUUAGUGGGCUUCUCCCAGUUCCCUCAGCAGCUGACGCCGCCCCGAUCCCCAAGUCCGGAGCCCACUGUGGAGGAUGUGAUCUCCCAGGUAGCCCGGGCUCACAGAGAGAUCUUCACCUAUGCCCAUGACAAACUGGGCACCUCUCCUGGCACCUUCAAUGCCAACCAUGCAUCCAGCAGCCCUCUGGCCAGCACCCCACAAUGCUGGGAGAGUCAUGGUGGCGCACCAGCCCCCAAUGACAACGCUCUGGCCGCCCAGCGUCAUAACGAGGCCCUCAACGGUUUGCGCCCGACCCCUUCCGCCUACCCUCCAGCCUGGCACCCUGGCCCUACCCAUCACAGCUGCCACCAGCCCAACAGCAAUGGGCACCGUCUCUGCCCCACCCACGUGUACUCAGUCCCAGAAGGCGAAGCACCUGCCAACAGUCUGCGGCAGGGCCACUCCAAAAACAUUCUGCUGGCAUGUCCCAUGAACAUGUACCCACAUGGGCGCAGUGGACGCAGUGUCCAGGAGAUCUGGGAGGAUUUUUCGAUGAGCUUCACACCCGCUGUGCGGGAGGUGGUCGAGUUUGCCAAGCACAUCCCCGGCUUCCGUGAUCUUUCUCAGCAUGACCAGGUCACCCUGCUAAAGGCCGGCACUUUUGAGGUCCUCAUGGUGCGCUUUGCGUCACUAUUUAAUGUGAAGGACCAGACAGUGAUGUUCCUGAGCCGCACCACCUACAGCCUGCAGGAGCUUGGCGCCAUGGGCAUGGGCGACCUGCUCAGUGCCAUGUUCGACUUUAGCGAGAAGCUCAACUCCCUGGCCCUCACUGAAGAGGAGCUGGGCCUCUUCACAGCGGUUGUGCUGGUCUCUGCAGGUAGGGCUCAGCUCCCACCAGAGCCUAACCCCUGGGGAGGAGGCAGACGCAGUUGGAUUCAACACUUUUAUGGAGGACCUACUCUAUGCCAGGCACACUGGGCACUGGGGAUACAGACAUGAUUCAGACACAGUCUAGCUGGGGAGACAGACUCAUACGACACUAAAGAGAAAACAGUGAGAUAAGUGUCACAGUGGAAGCAGGAAUGAAGGCUUUGGAAGCAAAGGACUAUUUCUGCCUGGGGGAGUUGGGGAAAGGAAAGGAGGUGCAGGCGGAGGAGUGGAGGGUGGAGUGGGCAGGGCUUUAGGGACGGGAAGAGACUGUCAGGCAAAGGGGUUAGGGAAGGGGGGCCCAGGCAGAGGGAACUAGAGCGAAAA